UAUUAUUGCUUAGUGCUGACUCUUAUAUUAAAUUUGCGAUAGAAAUACAUAGAAUUAAAUACAAUCUGAGGUUUAUUGCGCACAAGGAAGUUCUGAAACGCCGAAUGAAACUCCCAUAAACGGACCAGCUUGUCGAGUCCUCGGCGCGAAGUAAAUUCGAGGUUUUUUCGCGAUUGAGAACUGAUUAGAGAUGCAUGAAUGUGAUCCGAGGCGACCCGACGUGCGCCGUGAUGGGAUAAUAACAGGACUGUUAUCGGGCGGGAACGGAGGACGAUGAUACGGCAAAUUUGCAGUCGCGUUAAUCGAGCAGCGUGAAUCAUGCACGGGCGUGAAGAUGAGCGGUGCAAGACACAAAAUAUGCAUGGUCUCGGAUUUCUUCUAUCCGAACAUGGGCGGCGUCGAGGAGCACAUCUUCAAUCUGUCCCAAUGUUUACUGGAGCAUGGACACAAAGUGGUGAUCCUCACACAUUCCUAUGGGGACAGAGUAGGAAUUAGAUAUAUGACAAACGGUCUGAAAGUAUAUUACAUUCCCGUCAAGGUCUUCUACAACCAGUGUGUUCUUCCAACGAUGGUGUGCUCUCUUCCACUCAUUAGGUAUAUCUUCAUAAGAGAAGAUAUACAGAUAAUACACGGCCAUUCUGCAUUUUCCGCUUUAGCGCACGAAGGGAUGCUGAUUGGUAGAUUAAUGGGACUGAAAACAGUAUUCACGGAUCAUUCUCUUUUUGGUUUUGCGGAUGCGUCCGCUAUUCUGACAAACAAGUUUCUCGAGAUAUCGUUGGUCGACUGCGAUCAUUGCAUAUGCGUGUCUCAUACGGGAAAGGAAAAUACAGUAUUGCGAGCCAAAGUGCAAAAGGAGAAGGUGUCGGUUAUUCCAAACGCCGUGGAUACCGCAUUAUUUACGCCUGACAUCGGUAAACGGAACAACGACUUUAUUACCAUAGUAAUAAUAUCGCGAUUGGUGUAUAGGAAGGGUGUUGACCUUCUAGCCUAUGUAAUACCCGAGAUCUGUUCGCGUCAUAAGAAUGUACAGUUCUUGAUCGGUGGAGACGGUCCGAAGAGAUGGCUCAUAGAGGAAGUAAGGGAGAGAAAUCUGUUGCAACAUAGAGUUACCUUGUUAGGCAGUCUGGAGCACUCUCAAGUCAAACACGUUCUGAAUAAGGGUCAUAUCUUCCUGAAUACAAGCCUGACAGAGGCUUACUGUAUGGCUAUUGUAGAAGCAGCUUCUUGCGGUUUGCAAGUAGUGUCAACGAAAGUUGGAGGUAUUCCGGAAGUUUUACCGCCGGAUCUGAUUUACCUCGUGGAACCCACUGUACCUGGAUUAAUUAAAGGGCUAGAGAUGGCUAUAACGAACUACAAAAAGGGCAAUGUUGAAUGCCCUUUCGAGACGCAUAGGAGGAUAGGCUUAUAUUACAAUUGGUUCAACAUUACCAAACGUACGGAAAUAGUGUAUAAUUUAGUGAAACGUGAAGCGAAAAGAAAUCUAGGACAGCGAUUAGCUAGUCAAAUACGAAGUGGUGUAUUGGCCUACUUGCUCGUACUGUCGUUAUGCUAUAUAAUACUACAAGUCCUGGAAUUCCUCGUCCCAAGAAAGUAUAUCGAUAUUGCGCGAGAUUACAACGAUAUUCAUGUUGUACCAUCCAACGGGAAAGGAAAAGAAGAUUAACUAUAAUUGCAGAAGCCUGAAAUGUAAAUUUCUCAAUGUGUUCAAGUAUUUUAUUCUAUAGGUACUUUGGAAACAUUCCAGAAAAACUUGUUUUCUGCAAAACUUAUUGUUAUACAGGUAAUUAUGGUGUGUCUCCGCGUAAGAAGAACAAUCGUCGUUGCAUUUACCGAUAAAUUUUUAAAGAAAUAUAAUUAUAUACAUAUAUAAUGUAUGUAUAGAUGUUGUACACAUAGAGAUAACAAUGCGCAAAGUACAAAUGUCAUAAUACUUGUACGUAUAUAGAAUUACAACUGAGAGACGACUGUU